AUGGAUUACGAUACAAAAUUCAAAAAUUUAGAAAAUUUGAUAGAGGUAUUAAAAGAAAAGGAUCGUAUGAUCGAUUCUGAAAAAGUUAUUUCUCUUGCCAAAGAAUGGAUUGAUAAUAUUAGCUUGUUAUUUAAGAUAAAUUCAUCACCACAUAUUCAAAUCAUAUCAAUUAAUAGAGUUUUGAUAGAAACGCUGUCAACACCAGUCAUGUAUUUAAUUAUUGAGUAUCUCAUACAGAAAUUUGAUUUAAUCGAUGGCCCACUAUACAUAAAUCCAUAUAAUUUAGCAAUCUUAAAUUAUAUGAUUGAAUUUAGGAUUCUUAACGAAAGAAAACAAAUUUUAUAUGCAGGAACUAAAUUUGCUAACGGAAUUCAACUCAAAAAAUAUUUAUUGCAUUCUAUACAAAAUUUGAAGUGGACAGACGACAUGAUAUCAUUUUACAUUAACUUUUACAAGAAUUGUGUGUUAACUAAUGACGAAUUUAAAAAAAUUAUCAUAAAAGUCUCAGUAGUUUCUUUGAGCUCAAAAUUUAGAAAUUUUGGAAAGAUACUGCCCCUCUUGCUAAAUUUUGUAGAAGAAAAGAAUGAAAAUGCAACAAUGUUAAGAAUCGCAAUACAUACUUUAAUAAAAACCUUCAAUCAUAUUACAGUCCGAUGUUAUCUAAAGGAAAUUAAAAUCAACCUAGAUGAAUCUAAAGAAUUAGCACAUCUGGAAGAUUCUAUCAUGUAUAUUAAUAGGGUGGUAAUUCCAUUAUCCUUAACCAUUAACAGUCAUCCCGAAUAUUUCAAGGAAUUCCUUAAGUUUAUCAAAGACACCCAGAUUUUCUCAAUCGAAUUGAUCAAUCCAUUCAAUCUUAUAAUUCUAAUAUUCUCACACAACACUUUAGAGGUAAUAGAUCUGAUUAUUAAUUGGCUCGUUAAAUAUUACAAAAAUUGCGAAACAUCGUGUCAAUAUAGACGAUUAUUUAAAGGAAAGCUGUUUAAAGAUUAUUGUCAAACACUCGUUAAAACGCUCAAUGUCUUAACAUACGUUCAGAUUAAUAACUCAAACGAACCUACAACAGAUGACUCAAUAUACAACUAUAACAAUAAAAAUGAAAUCAAACGCGAAGGGGUUGAUCUAAACAUAUUUUAUUAUCAAAAAUUAAUGAUAUUUUUAAUCCAUUUGGUUAACUAUAAUCCAAAUAAUAAUCGUGACUCCUUAGAUGUUCUACAUGUUUUAAAAUCUCUUGACAGUCUUCAUAAAUACGAUGUAAAUGUUUACCUAAAGAUUAAUCUUCUGGCUGUUUACACAAUUAAAAAUGUAUUUAAAAAUAUGAUUCUUAACAACGAUCCUAAAAUUGCUUCGGAAGUUCGCACGUCAAUCUUAAAGAACGUUUUAGAGGAAUCUUUAAAAUCAAUCCGUUCGCCAGUUCAGACAGCCAUUUAUUACGAUGUUCUGGACUUUAUCGUAACAUCAUACCUUCCUUACCUAUCCAAAUAUGAUUUAUCGCAUGCUUCUUUAGAUAAAUCUAAAAACUCUCAAGUUAAUACGAAUGUCAAUGUAGGAGGUAUAAUGUCUAACAAGCAAAACGAAUAUUAUUACAAAAAGGAAGUGUUUCAUUUGGUUACAGCUAUUAAAGAGUAUAUUGCAACAUUUAUGGUUAAAUAUAGUUGCAUAGAUGCAGACCUUAUUGAUACGGUCAUAAUAUCCAGGUUAAUGUGUUCGAUUAUGCCUCUCAUUACUAUACCAUCUGCUCGCGUUAAAGAAACAUGUCUUUUAGUCUUCAGAAAGGCUCUCUUUUCUAGACAGUUACAAUGGCGAAAGAUUGCUGUUAUUGGAUUUUGUGAAUUAUUAAAGCAUUUAAAAAUCAUCACCGAAUUGUCGUUCACUCAAAUUAUUACGAAUUCUAUUGAAAUGAGCCAAGUUUGGUGUGCUUCUAAAAACAGUUCUCAAGAUAACGAGCAAAUUUGCAUUGAAAUAUUGCGUUGUCUUAAAAGAUUUCUAAGGCAAAAUGAUGUUACCGUAAAAUGUAUCAUAUAUGAUUACACAAAAGAGAUUUGUGACAAAAAUCCUGCUAUGCUAAGAUUAAUGCUAGAGUGCCUUUAUGAACACUUUGCAGAAUUUCUCAAUAAUUCACAAGAUCCAGUUAUAUUAAAAAUCGAAAAAUGCAUUAAAUAUGAUAAUGAUCGUUGCUCGAUAAUAGUAAAUGAUUCGCUCGGACAUUUGACUCACUCAUUACUUUUUUGUUUACUCAAGGCCCACAGGCUUACAAACCGCGCAAAAAAUGUUCUACAUGAAAAUGAUGAUAAUACUUUGGUGAACCAAUCAUCCUUUCAAAUACGUUCAUAUCAAUCAUUAGUCGAUAAAAUUAAUUUAGAUUUUGAACGAAUUGUUUUUAGUAUGAUCAAGUUAGAAUUGGAAGAUUUUGAAAUUAUAGAUAGAACUGGGAUUGAUUACAGACAUAAAAUGGAAAUCGAAAUCCACAUAGAAUUUCAACAUAUUAAAGCCCUUAUUGUAUCUCAAAUUUACGCAUCCUUGAUUCAAUACGCUUUGGUCGUUGACAUGCCUAACACAAUUGAUAUUGUUACUACUAAUAGUAAUUUAUCAACGUCAUAUCUUCAAUAUAUCAAAUAUGAAAAUGAAAACUGUGAAAUGGCUAUCAAACUGUUUUCCGUUUACCGCAAAUUUUAUGAUGUUAGUGUAAUCAACCCAGGACCAAAAUUAUUAACUAAAACUCUCACGACCUUCAAACUACCUUUCCAUUUCCUUAAUAUCAUUAUGGAGGAUUUAUUAUUAAUGAAUAACAAAGAUCCGUUGAUGAUUCUGAAACGUGACGUUAAUUUUGUGAUUUUUAUUUGCUCGAAUUAUUCACAAUAUUUCAAAUCAAAUUUUCAAAACAAAAUGAUAAUUGUAUAG